AGCUUCUUUCGUCGUUAAACUUCUACGACUGGCUGCAUUGUUAAUCAAGCUUGCAUCACUAACCUCUUUGUAGAAGACCAACUUCGCGACCUUGGACCUUCUCCAGCUUUUUGGUCUUUCGUGAUGGAGAGGUAUAUCGGUGUUUUAAAGGGGAUGGUGUCGUUGAUGUCUAAUAUGGGUAUGGAUUUGGCCAACAGAGUGAUUACGAAGGAGCGCCUCGACCACCUUCCUCGAGUCGAAACCAUAUUCGCUCCUCAGCAGGUCGAUCUUACUCAAGGUGCUGAAUAUCCGAAGUUCAGUCAGAUCAUGGUUCAUAAUAGGUGUGAGGAUCAUGGUCAAAUCAUGGUCAAAUCAUGGUCAGAUCUUGGUCAAUUAUCCAUGAUUUUCCGUUUGAUGCUACCGCAGGGCGUACUUGAUGGUUUUGAGCGAAUCCGGGUCUCAAAAUCGUCGGGCCGAGAUGCUUGCAGGUCUUCGGGAGAAACCUACAGUAGCUUCGGUUCGGCAAUCCAACGUAACCUUAUCCGUCCGUUAUCGCUCGGGACAAGAGAGUAAUGUAUUGGUCUCAAGAAUGCAGAGACUCCUACAAAGAUGACAAGAUGUC